AAAGUGCCAAAAUGAGCGGCUGGCAGACAAAGGCAGAUCUCCUGAGGGACAUUGGCGAGGUGAAUGGGCGUCGGACAGGGAUUGAGGACCUGGACCAACAUGUAGUGGCCGGGGAACGGCCUCCGCCUAUCCGCCAUGAAAUGCCCAAUGAGGAUGAGAUGAGCUACUUCUUUGGAGGCCACAGAGCGUCUGGAGACGACGGCACGGGCCCAGACCUGGCCGGCAUCUCGACCAUGAUCCAAAUGGUGAGCGAUUUGGACGAUACAAGAGAUAAUAACGAGCCAAUGACUCUAUUCCGAAAUAGAACAACAGAUGAAAUUAGAAUAAGUAAGCUAAACCCUCACGCCGGAGAGUAUGUUCCAGGCAGUGGCUUUAACUAUAAUAGAAAUGUUCCAAAGUAUUCUCCAAAGAAAAAUAAUAAUUUUCAGAGAUCUAAAGCUAAUAGAAAGAUAGCUAAUGAAAACAUAGCUACAUCUCAAUCAAAUGUUAACGGAACAAAACAGAAUGGACUACCAAUGUUUAAUAAUAAUAUGUUUAAGAGCAAAAGUGUUAAAGAUUCACAAGAAGAUAAAAUAAAUGCAACUACUUGCGAAACAAAAAAAGAACUACCAACAUUUAAUAAUAUCAAUAUGUUUAAGAGCAAAAGUAUAAAAGAUGUUCCAGAACGCAAUGAAACAUCUAACGCAAAUAUAAAGACUGUGCAACCUGAAUCUCAAACUAGUCGGGAAGAACAAAUAAAAACACCAAAAGUAAAUUUACUUGCAAACGGUCUUCCAAAAAGACAAAUAGAAAAACCUAAAUCAGAAGAAAUAAAAGAGCUACAAGAGAAAGUAAAAUCCACAAUCAUAGCAUCAUCGGCUGAUAAUUCACUAAAAACCAAAAGGCAGAAAAACGUUGCUAUAGCGACUUUGCUUAAACUCGGUGUUGUUGCUGAUGAAAAACCAGUGAAGCUUAUAAAGCCGGAAUAUUUUGAGAAGCCUCCAACUGUUGAAAAACAAAUUGAAAAUGAACUUAGUGAAGUAAAGGAAAUGCCAUCGACAUCAAGCAGCGAAACUAAUGUUAAUAAUAUAGAUCAGGAUUCAAUAUCGAAAGUAAAUGGGUGGUUUAACAGUAUGGAGUGUCCAAAGCCUAAGCCACAGUUGCAGGAGCCUUUGGUGUUAAAGGAUUGUAUCACGUUUAAAAAGAAGACGGCUUCGAGCGUCACAUCUCGCAACACGUCAACAAGUGCCACAGAACCCACCAAAGACCGCGAAACCAAGUCCUUCAAGCCGUCGGACUACGCCAGCGAACUUUUAAAGAAAUACGAGACUAACGCGCAACAACAGGUGUCUUUGAACGAAGACUUAGGGACCCGGCUAGAAAGGCAGCUAAGGGAACGAGAUGAAGUUGUAAGACAGAAGAUGCUGGCUAGACAGAACGCUGGUUAAUAUGAG